UUUUUUUUUAAUAAUGGGAAAUGGAAUCUCAAAGAAAUACAAAUCAAGACCGAGUAUAAUUCGGUCUGAAUCCGAGCAACAAAUAGAGAAUGAACACUCAAAUACAACAGCUACUUCAAUGAACUCGAUUCUAGUGAAUCAUAGCGAAAAAGCUAUUCCAAAUAGUUUUUCAUCAUCGCCUAUGCCCAUACCAACAGAAAAGCCAACUACACAAGAAACUGUUACUUCUUUUAAUGAAAAUCAACUUACAACAAGCUCCACACAGUCAUUCGGAAAAAACCUCGAUAUUGAUGAAUGUAUACAUCGACUUAUUGAGGUUGGAACAAGCGGAAAAGUAUCGAAAUCAAUUUGUUUCAGAACAUCAGAAAUCAUUGCUAUCUGCCGAGCUGUUCAAGAGGUUUUCUUGAGUCAACCUACGUUAAUUGAGCUCAAUCCUCCAGUCAAAAUUAUGGGUGACAUUCAUGGACAAUUUCAUGACUUGAUUCGCUUAUUUCAAAUGAGCGGAUUUCCUCCUGAAUCAAACUAUCUACUUUUGGGCGAUUAUGUAGAUCGAGGUAAACAAAGCUUAGAGACAAUUUUGCUCUUGUUUUGCUAUAAAAUCAAAUAUCCAGAAAACUUCUUUUUGCUAAGAGGCAAUCAUGAAUGCGCUAAUGUCACUCGAGUCUAUGGCUUUUAUGACGAAUGCAAGCGUAGAACGAAUGUUAAAAUUUGGAAGACAUUUAUUGAUGUGUUUAAUACUUUGCCUAUAGCUGGAAUGGUGGCAAACAAGAUAUUUUGUGUGCACGGAGGUAUUAGCCCCAGUUUAAACUUAUUAGACGAUAUACGGACUAUCUCAAGACCCACAGAUGUACCUGAAGUUGGGCUGCUUAAUGAUCUUUUAUGGUCUGAUCCUUCAGAAACAGCGUAUGAAUGGGAAGAUAAUGAGCGUGGUGUUUCUUAUUGUUUUGGCAAGAAAAUUGUGAAUGAAUUUUUGGCCAAGUUUGAUUUAGAUCUUGUUUGUCGGGCUCAUAUGGUAGUCGAAGAUGGCUACCAGUUCUUUAAUGACCGCACAUUGGUCACUGUAUUCAGUGCUCCCAACUAUUGUGGUGAGUUUGAUAAUUUUGGAGCUAUUAUGACUGUCAAUCAAGAGCUUUUAUGCAGCUUCGAAUUAUUAACACCGAUGGAUCACCCACCAAUCAAGUUCCAACAAAUGAGUGGUGGUAGAAGACAAAGUCCUCCAAUGACAGAGUUUUCUUCUUCUUAUGAUGACUGAAUUGUAUGUAUGCCUAUGCACAUACGUGUAUGUAUGUGUAUGUGUGUAAGCUUGUAUACCAAAUAAACAAUAUGAUACAUUCUUUUUUGUAUCACGUGGAUUAAGGUGGUAUAAAAAAACCAAC